CCGAGCCCCGCAAAUCUCCGGCUGAACUAUGCAAAAAGUAUCAAAUGUUUUGAUCACUAAUAACUUGAUAAAUGGAGAGCAGUAACAGUCUCAGGAUCCCCACACGUGUCACGCGUCUGAAGGUAACCUGGUAAUGGGGCCGAAAAAUGUAUGGAAGUGAAAAGAGCAUUUCCACGUCAAGUGAAGGGGGGCCUGCUAUGAUGGCUCAAGAGUACUGCUGUGCCUCGGCAGAUGAGGGAGCAGAGAGCGGCCCACACGUCCCAUUCGUGUUGGAGAGAAGGGAGAAGGAGGAGGAAAGCUGGAGGACAGCCGUUUCACACCAACUGAAAAAGCAGUGCACAUGCAGCUCAGAGCGAGCCAAAGCCCAGGUUCUAGGGUUCGUCCCCAUCCUGAAAUGGCUGCCACGCUACCAGCUCAAAGAUUGGAUCCUGGGUGACGUCAUGUCAGGGUUGAUAGUGGGCAUCCUGCUGGUGCCCCAGUCCAUUGCCUAUUCUCUGCUGGCAGGCCAGGACCCUAUCUAUGGCCUCUACACCUCCUUCUUCUCCAGCAUCAUCUACACCCUGCUGGGCACCUCACGCCACAUCUCUGUGGGCAUCUUCGGGGUGCUGUGCCUGCUGGUGGGCCAGGUGGUGGACAGGGAGUUGGCACUGGCAGGGUACAUCACAGAGAGUAUCAGGAACAACGCUACCCUGGGACUGGGCAUGGGGAACAGCACCGGAGGGCCGGUCUGUGAUAGGAGCUGCUAUGCCAUCAUGGUGGGGACCACAGUCACAUUUACAGCAGGGGUCUACCAGGUGUUGAUGGGCCUCCUGCAGGUGGGCUUUGUAUCCGUGUACCUGUCAGACUCCCUCCUGAGCGGCUUCGCCACGGGGGCCUCUCUCACCAUCCUGACCUCCCAGGUCAAGUACCUCCUGGGACUGGAGUUGCCCCGCGCCCAGGGCUGGGGUUCCCUCAUCAAGACCUGGGUCAGCCUCUUCCAGAACCUGGGCCAGACCAACCUCUGUGACCUGGUCACCAGCAUGGUGUGCCUGGCGGUGCUGGUCCCCACCAAAGAACUCAACGACCGCUUCAAGGCCAAGCUCAAAGCCCCCAUCCCCUUCGAGCUGUUUGUUGUCAUCGCUGCCACUCUGGCCUCCCACUUCGGUCACUUCGAGGAGGAGUACGGCUCGAAAGUGGCCGGCGCCAUCCCCACGGGCUUCCUGCCCCCCCAGCUCCCGUCCUGGUCUCUGAUCCCCAACGUGGCGGUAGAUGCCUUCUCCAUAGCCAUCGUGGGCUUUGCCAUCACCGUCUCCCUGUCUGAGAUGUUUGCCAAGAAGCACGGCUACGUGGUAGAUCCCAACCAGGAGAUGUACGCCAUAGGCUUCUGUAACAUCCUGCCCUCCUUCUUUCGCUGUUUCACCACCAGCGCUGCCUUGACCAAGACCCUGGUGAAGGAGUCUACAGGCUGCCAGACUCAGAUGUCUGGCCUGGUCACAGCCCUGGUGCUGCUGCUGGUGCUGCUGGUCAUUUCCCCCCUCUUCUACUCUCUGCAGAGGUGUGUGCUAGCAGUGAUCAUCUUGGUGAAUCUCCGGGGAGCAUUGCUUAAGUUCACAGACGUCCCGCGGAUGUGGCGUGUGAACCGCUUGGACGCCGCCAUCUGGCUCGUGACCAUGGCAACCUCAGCGUUGAUAAACACAGAGCUAGGCCUGCUGGUGGGGGUUAUGGUCUCAGCCUUCUGUGUGUUGGGGCGCACCCAGAGAGUCCAGGCCUUAGAGCUGGGCCGGGCUGGCCAUCGGGAGCUUUAUGAGGACCUAGCCUCCUACAAGGGCCUGCAGUCCCAGCCUGGAGUGGCCAUCUUCCGCUACGAGGCGCCCAUCUACUACGCCAACCAGAGCCUGUUCAAGAAGGCCCUGUACCGCUGCCUGGGCCUGGAUCCCGUCAAGGAGAAGGCCCGGCGCAGGAAGCUAGAAAAACAUAGGAGAAAGCAAGAAGAAGUAGCCAUGACGACAGGAGGGGAGGGCGGGACUAAGGGUAAAGAGAAAGAGUUGACCACCACCACCAAAGUCUUCCUACCAAAUCAAGUCAACUUCCACUCUGUGGUGAUAGACUGCAGCCCGGUGCUGUUCCUGGACACAGCAGGGGUCAAUGCAUUGAAGGAGGUGUAUAAGGAUUAUAAGGAGAAUGGGGUACAGGUGUUCCUGGCCCAGUGUAAUACCUCAGUACUGGAGUCACUGAACAGAGGUGGCUACUACCCAGAGAAGGGUAUGGGAGAAAAGGAAAGAGUGUUUUUCACCAUCAGCGAUGCCGUCCUCUAUGCACAGAGCCUCUCAUCUCAGAAUGGUGACUGUGACACGUCCUGUUAACAAGAGCUUUAAAGAUUGUACAGUGCCUUCGGAACGUAUUCAGACCUUUUAACUUUAGUCACAUUUUGUUACAUUACAGCCUUAUUCUAAAA